AUGACUGAAAGAACAUAAUGGAUUUAUAAAAGCAAGGAAGUUUUAAAACCAAUUUUGGAAACUCAAUUAAUUGGAGUGUCAAGAGCAAUUGUAGGAUUACCAAUGGAUCAUUUCUUCGAUCGUUUUAAGACUUUGAUCUAGGCUUCGUAAAAUAACAAUUUUAAACAACUAUUUCUUGAAAGUUAUUAUCGGAAUGGAAUUUUCAGGGGAAUAUUUGCUGGUUUUUCAUCAUAAAUAAGCAUUUAACUAUUCAAAUAAUACUAUAGAUGGCCUAUGAUGAUUUUGAUUCCAAAGCUCUAUAUGCAAAUAUUGCCUCAAAAGGUUAAAGAGAGUGCUCCGGCCUUACACAAAGGAUUAGCAGGAAUAACUAUUGCUUUGUUUGAGUCUUUUGUAACUUGCCCAUUCGAAAGAGUUAAAUGUCAGAUGAUGACUUAAUAAUAAUCCAAAUCUGUUCUAAAAUAUAUGUGGGAACAUGAUGGAGGAAUUAAAGGAUUUACUAGAGAUUUGUUCACUGGCAUGGAAGUUAUGAUUCUAAAAUAAGUAGUUUCAUGGACUAAUUAUUUAUAUUGGGAUCACAGGGUUAGAUAUUAUUUCAAAGGAGAACCAUCUCAUAAAUUGACAAUUUAAGAGAUUGUCCUGUGUUCUAUUUUAACAGCAAUUCCAAAUAUCAUCAUUGUGCAACCGUUUGAUAUGAUUAAAACAUAAUUUUAAAUGGAAAAUAAUGAUUAAAUUAAAAAUCUAUCAAUUUGGAGUGCAUUUAAAAAGGUGUAUGAAGAAAAGGGAAUACAUGGAUUUUAUGCUGGUUGGUAGAUGAGAUUUUGUUAAUUCAUGUUCUAAGCAUUACUAACUACUCCUGUUAUGGAUUACUUAGAAAGAUUACACGGUAUCCCAUAGAAAUAAUAGUGAGCAUUGAUAUCUAAUUGAUUUUAUUUUGAAUGAUAAAU